CUGCCGUCCUGGCAAAGGACAAUAAUGGCUCUGUACCUUAGGUAGGCGGGGCAGACCUUAAAAUGUCAACCCGUUGGAAAGCUAACUUGUCUAACAAGAACAUAAGGUACAUGUCAAAUCGUGAAUGGGAAAGAAAAAGAUAAAGCAGAAAAGAAACAAAUCCAAUAAGCAUAAGACAAACGCCAUAUAUCGAAUCGACAUAUCCCUCCCGUCCGGAAUCCAUAUCCAUUUCCUUGUCCUGUACGUACGUACAAAUCCUGUCGUGUAUUUCCUGUUCAUGAAGGUUUUUAUAUUCUGUUCAUGGUUCCAUGACCUAUCAUACGAAGAGUGGGUUUGCUGUGCACCUCUUCUGAGUCGUGGAACCGAGGCGUAAAAGAAAGGCUAGACAGGAUCAACAGUUGCUUGCAUCAUUAAGUGGCCAUUCCUUCGUGUCGAUAUCGGGGGUUAAAUCGUAAUAACAUGGAGAGAGAAAAAAAAAAAAAAAAA